AGCAGAUGAUGCAGCGAACCAACCCACCAUCUUUUCGUAUCUUGCCUGAAAUCUACCAGUUAAGCCUAAUUUUUGUCUCUGUUCUAGCGUCUCAUGAGCACUUUUCGCUGAGCAGCCGUUGGCUGUUGUCGCGUGGUUUGAAUGUUCAUGGGGCUCUCUUGGGGGGGAAAUAAGUAUAUUGUUCGGGGCAUGGAACGUGAGGUCUGUCGGUCCUUUUUUGUAAUUUGUUCUGCUUUGUGAAAUUGUGACUACUGCUGUUGUGUUCGUUGGAGAACCGUGAACCGCUUGGUUAAGACGGGUAUAUAACGACGAUAUCAACCUGUUGAGACGUUUAUCUACCACUUUGGGACAGAAAUCAACCAACUUAUACGAGAUAUUUUGGAUAUACAAGCAUACAAACUUCAAAGCAAAGCAAUACCGCAAUCAUGUUACCUCUCAACUACAUCUUCACCCUCCUCGCUAUGUUGAAUAUGGGCUUCUGUCUACCUACACAGACCCCAGAACCUCAACCUGCACCUACACUCUCCCCCGGUCUCCCAGACACAACAGGUCUUCCAGAUCUUCCCGGCGGUUCAUUCUUCGAAGAGAGACAAGACAGAAACAACGCCAACCCAUCUGUCUUCAACCCUCCCGUCACAGCUGCCCCCGAUCAAGCAGAGCAGCUGGCGAGCAUGGGCUGGGCGCAAACAACAUACUACGAAUGCAAGACAAGAGAUGGAAAGGAGCGCUGUGGAUGGCACAUCCCCGUGUACAAGGCUGGCGCUGAGGGCCGACAAGCUGAGAUUGUGCACUGGAAGGUCGUUGUGGGGAUCGCAUUGGGUUUGGCUAUGUUGAUAUAUGGAGGAUUGUGGUGAGAGUUGAUUUGAAGAUGCAUUGGGUGGAGUUUGGAGUUUUGGAUAGACGUGUUGAUACCCUCAUGCUGCUGGGCGGCAUCUGAUUGAUUAGAGACAUUUGGUUUUCGCUUGCA